AUGGCGGAGGAGGCAGCGGCUCAGCCCCGGCCGGGCUCUGCGGAGCCGGCUCCGCUGGAGCGGCAGAACCUGCUGGCCGUGCGCAGGGAGCUGCGGGCCGGCGCCGCGGAGGUGGGGGCGCGGCGGGGCCGGGGCUGCCCCGGGGAGGGGGGGGGCGGCUCGGUGCGAACCGGACCCCGCUCCCCUGCGCUCCGCUCCGCGCAGGGCCGGGUCCCGCUCCACAGGCUCCUGGUGCUCGCCCGCAUGGGCCAGGGGGCGGCGGCGGCGGCGGUCGCAGGUUAUCACAGAGAACUGCUUGAAAACGUGUUAGAGGACCACAGAGGAGAACCAGUCUCAGGUCUGCUGCUUCUCUACCCCAGCCAUGUGUUCCAUGUAGUGGAGGGCUGCAGCAGCACAAUCCAUCUCAUCAUCCAAGAUUUAGCGGCCCUCCAAAGUCAAGGUUCAAGUGCUUUACUCCAGGAUAUUAAAGUUUUAGUGGUGGCACAUGCCAUCCCCACCAGACUGUUCCCAGACUGGGUAGUGGCAGUGGCGACAUCUCCCGUGACAUGGCCAUCGAGGACCACCCAGUCACAGUCGACAGCAGAGGUGGUUGCAGGGUGCCUUACCCUCGGGCUCAAGCUGGCAGCCUCCAUCCAGAGCUUUGAGGAUGACAGCGAGGAUGCGACUGAGAGCAUACCCACUGUUGAACAGGAGCUGCUGAUCCCAGCAGAGACAAUUAACUACUUGUGUAAAGCAGAGGAGUGCACCAGUCCUGAAGAGUUUCUGAGAACUUACUUAGGUCCUUCACAACCCACCCUGGACUCAGAAACAGUGUGGCCUGUUCCAUCUUAUCUCUCCACGUGAUACAGGCUGUAUCCAGUGUUCCCCUCUGCAGCUGGACUCACUUUUGUUUAACAUGAAUCUACACGUUAAAGAAUACAUGCAUAUUCAUUCCCAGU